AUGGCAUCCCCCGCAGACCUCACGGCGCGCUCAGCGCUGUCGAGGCUAUGUACACGCUGCUCGGUUUCCCUCAGCAGACAAUCCCGCGCGGCCAAUGGCUUUGCUCAGACUCCCAAGCACCAACAACGUCCCCUCUCCACUACCAGCUCUCGGACAAGACGUCUGGCCCCCUUAUCUCCUCUCGUUGUAACCAAUGCUGCCUCGAAGCAUCUCGCUGCAGGCGCUUCCAGGUUAAGCAUUAGCACAACUUCCCGGGCCCUCCACGAGCACGAUCCCUUCAAGUUCGACCCAUACUACGGCAACCCGUAUGCGACACCAAUCCUGAGCCAGGACAAUCUCUUCCAUCCCUUCUCGUCAUCGCCGAUCCGCGCUAUCCGGGAGCGAGCUUGGUUCAUCAAGCGGCACUCUAGCUGCCCGCACCCGGACCACGCCCCGGGGGGCAGUCAGCUGCCCAAGCACUCCGAGUUCGAGUGUCCCGACUGCGGCGUCCCUCUCUAUUGCAGCAAAGAGCACUGGGCCGACGACUACGAAAGGCACUUGGAGGUGUGCGAUAUCCUGCGCCAGAUCAACGAGGACGACCACGACCUGCAUUCGGGCCGCUACUUUGCCGAGUUCGAGUAUGCCGGUGUUCAGCUCGACGAGGCUCUGGUCAACUUCAGCAGCUGGGAUACCUUCCUGUACACGCGCGAGUUCAAGGCUAUCAACUCGGAGCGCAGCAUGCGCCAGGCGACCAGGAUACUUACCUACCCCAUUACUAUCGGUAGCAUCCUGCACGAGCUGAGCCCCUACAAUAUCAAAGCUGGCGGCCGGUUAACUGUCGAGGGUCUGAAGAGUUUCAGCGCUCUUCGGUACAACCUUCACCCGCCCAAGAACGGUGGCGGCCCAUCCAUCAAGGACCUUCGUGUGCGCCCGCCCCCAGUGCGCAUCUUCGUGCUUGGCGCUCGCGCCGAGUCCUCCCUCCCGCGUGAUGCCUGGAUCCAGAUCGCACACCUCUUCCCUCUCUGCGAUAUCCACCUGAUCUUCAUCGGCCCCGAGGCGAUGUUGAACCGCAAGGAGAAGAUACCGCCGCGCACGCCAGAGAACCCGUUCGGCAUGGUGGUGGAAGAUCAGUUGUGGCCAGGCUUCAAGAUCAGCACGAUCGCUGACUACUAUCACACGAUCCAUAAGACGGGUUACUUCUACCCAUACGACCCGUACUUCGAUUGCUUCGUGCUGUUCCAUCCGGGUCUGGGCCACCCGGCCAGCUCACACCACUGGGCUGAGACGCUCCCUUACCUGCUCGAGACCAAGGCGCCGAUUAUUGUGACCGGAUACACGGAGGAAGAUAUGCAGCGUGAUAUCAACUGGGUGAAUGAGCAGGCAAGUGGUGAGUUUGAUCUGCUGCUGGAGCCGGGUGAGAACACCUUCCGCAGCUUGAGGUGGGAUCUGAAUGAUAUGGACCCGCUGGACAUAAGCGCGGGCAACUGGGGAGUUUGGGCGUUCAGAGGCAAGAGGUACGAAGCCACGAGGAAGGACGCAUAG